GCGCGCGCGGCAGCAGUUAGACUGCAGCUAGCGGCUGUGUGUUAAUCUUUGAAGUGUUCCUCUUCGCUCCUUUACCUCCAGCAACAUGUCGGGCCGCGGGAAGACCGGCGGCAAGGCCCGCGCGAAGGCCAAGUCGCGCUCGUCGCGCGCUGGCCUUCAGUUCCCCGUGGGCCGCGUACACCGGCUGCUGCGGAAGGGCCACUACGCUGAGCGGGUGGGAGCUGGCGCGCCGGUGUACCUGGCGGCGGUGCUCGAGUACCUCACCGCGGAGAUCCUCGAGCUGGCUGGCAAUGCGGCCCGAGAUAACAAGAAGACGCGCAUCAUCCCCCGCCACCUGCAGCUGGCCAUCCGCAACGACGAGGAGCUCAACAAGCUGCUGGGCGGCGUGACGAUCGCCCAGGGAGGCGUCCUGCCCAACAUCCAGGCCGUGCUGCUUCCCAAGAAAACCAGCGCCUCCGUGGGGCCGAAGGCGCCAGCGGGAGGCAAAAAGGCCACCCAGGCCUCUCAGGAAUACUGAGGGGCGCCCUCGCCGCUCCCGGCCCUCCCCGUGCCACCACAAAGGCCCUUUUAAGGGCCACCACAACCCUCGAGGAAAGAGCUGAGCCAUGGCGGUCAGCUGCCCCCCCUGCUGCUGGCUGUCCCCCACCCCGCGCGGGCUCGCGGUUGCCCGCUCCGGGUCUCUGACUGGGAGCGGCCGUUGAACGACGCUUGGCCAAGCCUGGCCCGGGUAGUGUCCGGCCCUGUGACUCAGCCACCCUGCCCUCUGAGUCGCUGACGGAACGGCGGGGAGGCCGCGGCACCUUCUGGGAGGCCGGGCCUACUUUGACGUAGGGCUGAGGUGAGCGGCCAGGAAGGUGAGUCGCCGGCGGAGCCCCUCAGCGCCGCCUGCUCGUCUGCUGCUCCAGCUCGGUGCUUACGCCGCCACCUCAGACAUGGCUCUUGACUUGCAAGCUUUGGUGGGGGAAACACUGAUCCUUCAGUUUGUUAGGGCGCCCCCUUUGCUGCCGGAUCCCGGUCCUUUCCCAGCCGCUUCCUCCAUCUUCACUCCAGGCCUGUGCGGUGCGGCCACGACAGAUGCUGUAACGUGCACCCUUUUCCCCGGAGAAGAGCGCCUCGCGGGGAGAGGCUGGGGGAGGGCCGAGGCCUGCCAGGGUUCCGGACCGGCCGUGUGGACUGCAGGGCUUGUGUGGAACUGACGCUGAUGGGCAGCCGGGCCUAACUAAUCCGCCGCAUUGCCCCUCCACCAGCCCAGCACCGACAUAGAUACCAGCACAAUACAGUAAUCCCUGUCUGGGCCGAAGGCUUCUGAACUGAACUGGAAUUGAGCAGCCAACCCACCCAAGACUAAUACCUUAGGUACUGGGGAGUUUAAGAUGGGCUAAUUUUGUUUAUUAAA